UAUUCAGUGUAUUUAAAUGUUUAGCGCUUAAUAUUUUUAAAACACAGUUUUUUUUUUUGUAACCUUUCGAAAAAAUUGUUAAAAUUAAAGUGCAACUAUUUAAUACAUAUAUCUUUAUUGUUGGAGAGCGUAUUCUAAAUCAGAAAAGAGAUAUAAAAAAAACGAAUAAAAUGGCAAAAUCACAGGCCACAGUUUAUAGUAAAUCCGCCUUGAAUUUACUUCGAAUGAGUCGCAUUGCAUUCCAGGCACCAUGUGCCAGGCAUAUGCAGAUCCGAACCAAAUGCGAUAAUAGCAUGAAUGGCGUUGUAAUCGGGCUAUACCUGAAGUCGGGCGAGAAGGAUCCCCAGCUGACGUCGGGCGGUGAGAAAUUUGACGAUCGUGUCAGUGGAAAAAUAUCAGAAUUGGUGCGAGAGUCGGGUAUGACCGGAGAGUUGGGCAUAGGCCGAAUGUUUAGCAAUGUGGACAAAGAGUUCUCAAGCGUGGCCGUCAUUGGCGUAGGUCCACAGAACGCAGGUUUCGAUGAGGAGGAAAACAUCGAUGUGGGCAUGGAGAAUACACGUAUUGCGGCCGCAGCUGGCGCUCGAUUCCUGCAGUUGCAUGGCUGCAAAAUCGUCUACGUCGAUGGCAUGGAGUACCCCGAACAGGCCGCCGAGGGAGCAGCCUUGGCCGUGUGGCGUUACAACACCAACAAAUUGAAGAACAAGCGCCAUUCUAUACCCAAAGUGGAAUUGUAUGGCACCGAAGGUGUCGAUGCCUGGACGCGAGGACUCUUCAAGGCAGAGUCGCAGAACUUGGCGCGUCGUUUGUCGGACACGCCAAGUAACCACAUGACGCCCACAAUCUUUGCUCAGUCCACCAUUGAUGCCCUGUGUCCCUGUGGUGUAUCAGUUGAGGUGCGCACCAUGGACUGGAUCGAAGCGCAGGGCCUCAACUCGUUUCUGAUGGUGGCCAAAGGCUCAUGUGAGCCGCCAGUUCUCCUCGAGAUCAACUACGUAGGUGCCUCCCCGGAAGAUCCUCCCAUCACGAUGCUGGGCAAAGGUCUGACCUUCAACAGCGGCGGGUUGUGCCUGAAGGAAAAGAACGGUAUGGACAAGAAUCGUGCCUCGAUGAGUGGAGCUGCAACUGUUGUGGCUGCCAUUCGAGCGGCGGCAGCUUUGUCGCUGCCCAUCAAUGUGUCCGCUGUGCUCCCUCUUUGCGAGAACAUGCCAUCGGGCAUGGCUGUCAAGCCGGGCGAUGUAAUCACCCUAAUGAAUGGCACAACGUUGGGCGUGAAGAACACGGCUCUGGCUGGCAUCGCAAUGAUGGCCGAUCCCCUUUUGUAUGCCCAGAGUGCAAAGAAACCCUCGACGCUGGUGGACAUUGGCACUUAUGCCAGGGGAGUGAAAUUCGGACUGGGUGCAGCGGCAACUGGUGUGUGGACCAAUCGCACCACACUGUGGAAGCAGUUCAAGAAAGCGGGCUCCCUCACGGGUGAUCGCAUGUGGCGCAUGCCACUCUGGAAGCACUUCAAGCAACUCGUCGGACCCAGCAUGACCUACGAUCUGUGCAAUCAAGGCAAAGGACCCGCCUCCUCUUGCCUGGGCGCCGCAGUGCUCCAAUCGCUGGCCACCUGCGCGGACUUUGCGCAUAUCGACUCCAAGGGCACCGGAGUGCUGUGUGGACACGGUACGCCACCUUAUCUUCUGGAGGGUCGCAUGAGCGGUCGACCAACUCGCACCAUUAUUCAGUUCCUCCACCAGAUGGCCCUGAAGUGACUUUUUAGUGUAUUAGAUUUGUGUACGAAAUUGUUUGUAGAGAUUUGUCAGAUUUUGGUUUUGAGUGUCUUUUCGUUUUCGUAAUCGUCCCAGUUUAUGUCUUAUAAUGGAUGAUUUUUAAUGGGUAUGAUAUUCAUUUGCUAUUAAAACUUAUACAAUAAAUCGACGUACGAUGUUUAAGAAA